AUGAGCCCGUUGGCAUACCGACGUGGGUUACGGGAGGAUGUAUGCGCUCUUGCAGAAGGGCGGCUGAUCGGCGAGCUCACGGCAGCUGGGCAUGAGAUCCCUCCUGGCAACGAGAUCAGGAAACCGCAUGAGGCUGAGGUGAUUGGCGAUGAGGUGGAGGAUAAGGAGUGGAGAGCGGAGAUGGCCGAACGGAUGCAUAGGCUGGACGUUCGCAAUGAGGGUCAGGCACUGGCUAUUGCCAAGCUCGAGAGGCAAUUGCAUGAGCUGAUGCUGUCCCGUGCUCCGCAGCAUGGCAUUGACGGUGAGGCUGCAGGGAAGGGACAUGGUAAUGAGGCAGGGGACGGUGGAACUGGUGAACAAGUAGUCCGUGCAGUAGCCAUUGCUCCCAACCCUGCAGGCCAUGCCGCAGCACAGAACACAGCACCCCAUCCGCAUGUCAUACCCACACCACCAGAUGUUGCACCCAGCAUGGCACAACAGGCAACAGACCCACACGCCCACCAGGUUCCGCCCUCGGAGGAAAAUGCACAGGCCAGUGUAGCUGGCAUGACAGAUUCCCAGCACAGUCUGAGCAUGCCCACCGCACCCAACGACCCCAACCCCCCGUCGCACGGCUCCGCACUGGCAAGUGAGCAAGUAACAGGGGCAGCAGACGGCAUCAUCGAUGCCUUCCUUGGUCAAGCAACGCAGUAA